AUGUCGUUGCUUGGAGAAGUGGCAUUAGUCCCUGGUGUAAACGCUGUGUUUCGAGUACUGAUUAAUGGAGGUAGUAGUGAAUUGAUAUGGGAUCGAAAAGAAAAAGGACGAUUUCCGGAAUUACCAGAAUUGAAACAACUCGUUCGUGAUCGAGUUGCACCUGAUAUGAAGCUUGGACAUAGCGAUGUAAAAGUGGUGGAAAAAUAA